AUGGCUGACGGCUUCUUUGGGCACCCUUUUAGGCGCUUCUUCUUAAGCCCUCCAGUGUACCGUGAAUGGUCUGGAGCAACUGCUCACAUGGACUGGCUUGAAUCCCCAACUGCCCAUGUCUUUAAAGUCAAUGUCCCUGGAUUUAACAAAGAGGACAUAAAGGUACAAGUGGAAGAUGGGAAUAUUUUGCAAAUUAAAGGUGAGGGUUUUAAAGAGGAGGUCCAAGGGAAAGACACUGUUUGGCAUGUAGCUGAGAGAGGGCCAGGGAACAGGGGUUUUUCUAGAGAAAUCGAGCUACCAGAAGAUGUUAAGCUGGAUCGAAUCAAAGCUCAAGUGGAAAAUGGUGUUCUCACUAUUGUUGUGCCAAAGGAUACCAAUCCAAAGCCAUCCAAAGUCAGGAACAUCAACAUCACUAGCAAGCUUUGA